UCUAAUCAUGGCUUCCCAACAGCUGUGAUUGAUUAUUUCGUCUAAUUAAUGCUUUAAUUACCGAAUGAACUGUAGAUUUUGAACCAAAAUUACAUGAACAAUAUACAUCAUGGGUCAGAGCAGACGAAGAAAUACUGAUGGGCCAAAGAAACUCCCCCCAAAAGUGGAGAAGGGGAAAGUUAUCGAUGAGGAUCAAAAGAAAAGUGAGGUUGUUGAGAGUGGCCAGGGAGGAAGGGUUUCUUCUCUAAAGGCAAAUGGGAGACCCCAGGUCCUUGACAUGAAUAUGCGCUCUACUUACCACCCAACACUGUUCAACCGAUGCAAAACAUUCUUCAAGUAUUUCCUCCUAAUCAUCCUGAUUCCGCCAUUCUUGAAUUAUGCGUCACUGCAGAGGGAGGCUACACAUUUAAAGCCAAAAGUUGGAGAACUGUAUGAUAUUGGCUGGGGACAAAGGCUGUUUCUUUCCUGCAUUGGAAAGGGAGCACCAACAGUUAUUCUCGAUGCCCCCACUGGUAUGUCUUCUGAUGUAUGGUUCCUUGUCCAACAAAAAGUGGCCAAGUAUACAAAGGUUUGCAUUUAUGAUCGAGGUGGUCUUGGCUUCAGCGACAGACCCGUUUAUGUGAGAAGUAAUACAACAGAACCAACAGAAGAAGAGAAAGAGGAUGAUCCGACUGAGGAAGAAAGCUUUUUUUCAAGAAAAAGUAGUGGGAGUCGGUGGGCUGAAUUCACUGUGGAGAGAAUGGCUGAUGAUUUGUCCAAACUGAUAACAGUUAGUAGCGAGCAGCCUAAACCCUUCAUCUUGGUCGGAUCCGAGAUGGGAGCAUUGGUAGCCAGGUUCUAUACACAGUUAUAUGAAAGUGAUGUUAGUGAUGUAAUACUAGUGGAUCCUCUAGUCGAGAACUUAUUUACACAUGAUUCAGGAGUGUGGUCUCAGUUUUGGUUUGGCCACCUCUUGCCUUCAUUCCAGUCCCUUCAACUGGCAGCGGCUACCGGCCUCACGAGAAUAGCCCUGUUAUUCCAUCUCAUAGAGCAGCCUAUCACUGGCAACUUAGUGCCAGAGGAAGUAAUAACACGGCAGAAACACCUUCUCUGUCACCCGAGGCAUCUUAGUUCGGUGGUGGACGAGCACCAUUUCAUAAACGAUUCAUUCGCACAAAUUAGCUUAUUAUAUAACAUGAAGUCAUUCCCUAGCAACGUGUCUGUGACAGUCAUCACAGGAAAUUAUUAUGACGAGCAGCUUCCCAGUGCUUUGAAUAAGGCUUGGGCAAAAUCCAAUCAGCAUUUGAUAUCCACAUUACAUCCACAAUCCAAAUACAUAGUAGUGAAUGGAGGGGAUCACCGGAUGCUCUACCGGAUGCCAGAUGCCAUUAGUGACCCAAUUAUACGGACAGUAAAACAGUACAAGGCCUCGAAAGCAAAAACAAAGCCCCAGGAAAAAUGAUCAGAAAUCAUUAUCCUGUCUCAGAAGAUUCUGGGAGUCUGAUUUUGUAUCUUUAUACGUUAUCGAACAUUGAUUAAUUGUUACCAAGUUAACAGAAUAUCACUGACAGGCAUUUAGAUGGCAGGAUGUUACGGCUGGUAUCUGGGAUAGUUUCCAAUUCUUUUCAGUGUUUCUAAAGGGGGAAUAAAGACAUGAGCCAGGUGGGCCAUAUCAAGGGACCAUCUGUAGUCCCCCCUUAAGGGGGUAACAUGUUAAAAGAGAGUUUAUUUUUAAAAGCAUAUCAAACAUUUCAGCUCGCAUAUUUUUUGAGAGUGGGGGGGGGGGGGGCUGCAAUACUACAGGUAUCAAAACCAGCUCGUAAAUAGUCGGGCGAGACACUGGAGAUAAGAGAAUUUGUCAGAAAAGGUAUUUUACGUUUUAAAAAUGUUUUAAUUUCUUACUGGAGGGUCUCCAGUAAAUUUGGACUGGCACAGUAUGUCCUUGAUUUUUAGAUACAAAUGAAAUAAAUCGUAUUUCAUCAAA